ACAAGCAGCCAACAUGGGAGUGUGUUUGAGCUCAGAGCCAGAAGGUAAGUUUUCCUGAGGUGCACAGAAUGCUCUGAACUGUAAGCACCUUGCAGCAGUUUACAGUAUGGGACGUAUUAACCCCUUAUCACCCAUCAGAUGAUAAGACUGGCAUGUCUUGGUAUGGAAGGGGUUACCUAACAUCUGGUCUUUAACCUGCUAAAUUCUGGUUGCAGCAUGGACCAAAGAUGUUAUUUGAAAAUGUAGGUGCUAAUUUUGCUGGAUUUGUGUUAUCAGUUUAGAUUUUGUGUUUUACAUCAUUAGAUGAAUUUCUGCAGAUUUGGAAUAUACAAAGACCAUGAAUGUAUUAAGUUUUUAAAUUGACCUAUGAUUAGAGAUUCCUUUCAUUUUGUGGCUAACUCCUAUCCUUACACUUAGUUUAUACCUGUGUAAGGUGCAGUAGGUGCAUAUUAUAGGAGUCUAUAGUUUCUUUAUAGAAUGCAGACAGGAAUUAUUGUCAGUGUACAGGUUACAGUUAUGUUUUACCUACCGCUGUACAGAUUACAUUGCAGUGGGUGUGAAUAUUUUAUUAACAUAGUGCUAACAGGUGUUUAGCACUUUACAACUUACAUUGUUUCAUAGGAGAGUUGCAUAUAAUAUAGUGACACCUUACAGGUUCACAUUAGAAGACGAGGUACAAUAAGUGCAAUCAUUCUUCAGUAUAUGGUUGUUAAAUUUAUGACAUUGCUGGUUUGAUCACAGAACAGGGAAAGUACAUCAAGUGAUAUAAUUAUGCAGACAUUGUACCUCAGUGAAAUACAUAUAAAUAUAUUACAGUAGGGGGUCCUGAACGUGUAGAGUGUACAGGGUUAACAGGAAACAAACAGAAUCACCAGAAAGAGGAAGUGGUGUUUAUGACUCUUUUCACAAUAAUUAUAACAUACAAUAUUUUUGAGGAAGUCCAUUUUCAUAAAAAACAAAACAUACAAAUAUUUGUAUUUAUUAAGAUAAUCCUUCAUUGAAAAGUUGUUUUUAAUGUGGCUUUGAAGGUGAGGAACUUUGACAUCUGUCUUUGCUGGCAAUGCUAACCAUAGACAGAAGGCAAUGUUAUUUUUUUAAUUGGGUGUAUGACCCUUACUUAAAAACGAUAAAUAAAAAUACAGUAUCAGUUAGAGUACAGUAUCAUUGUACAUAACAAUUUUUAAUUUAAAGUAAUAUUACAUGGACCUUGACCACUACAUUGUUCUGUAGUGGUUAUAGUGCCAUUGUUUUUAUGGCACUCCAGAGUACCAAAAGUCUUCUCAUUGAGCUGCAUUGGGAAGUUUGUGAUUGGACAGCCACAGUAAGUCUGGGCAGUGGCGUACACAUGAUCCAUGGGGCCCCGGUGCAAAAAUCGAUCCGUGGCUCCACCCCCCGCAUCCCCCCAAUGGCGGCGGGCACCUGGUUGCAGUGCUGCGACCGCGGUAUGUACACCAGUGCAUGCAGAUACACAUACACUUAAAGGACCACUACAGGCACUCAGAUCACUUCAGCACAAUGAAGUGGUCUGGGUGCCAGGUCCCUCUAGUUUUAAUCCUGCAGCUGAAAACAUAGCAGUUUCUCUGAGGGUUAAUCCAGCCUCUAGUAGCUGUCUCACUGACAGCCGCUAGAGGCGCUUCCGCAAUUCUCACUGUGAAAAUCACAGUGAGAAGACACUGGACGUCGAUAGGAAAGCAUUGAGUAAUGCUUUCCUAUGGGCGGUUUGAAUGCCGUGCAUGCGCAUUUGGAACUGAGAGGCGGAUCGGGGCGGAGAGAUACCCAGCGCCAAGGGACCCCGGCGCUGGAAAAGGUAAGUGCUGAAGGGGUUUUAACCACACACACUCUCACGAACAGACGCAUACACACUAGCUAGCAGACACACACAUUUACUGACAGACACACACUCAGUGACAGACAUACAUACACACACACUUACUGACAGACAGAUACACAUACACACUCACUUACAAAACACACACUCACUAACAGACACACACAAACUAACACACUCAGUAACAGACACACACAGUAACAAACUCACUGACACUGACACACUCACUGACAUACAAACUAACACACACACACUGAAACUCACUAGCAGACACACAAACUAACACACACCGUAACAGACACAUACACAUACAGUAACACACAUUUACAAAAACUAACACACUCACUGACACUCACUAGCAGACACACACUCAAUAACAGACACACACAACUAACACUCAGUAACAGACACACACCCACAGUAACACACACACACACACACACACACACAGUGACACACAAAAACUAACACACAUACACACUACCUUUUGGGAGUGCUGAGGGGAUUCCAGAUUUCCCUGGGGUCCAGUGGGGCUGCUGGGUGGCCGGUCCUGCAGGUGGCGAGGGAGCACUGAUCCUCCUAUUCAGCUCCCUCGCGCACCGCUUACUGAUGCCGGAGCUAUGUCAUAUUCUGGCUCCGGCAUCACUGCGGUUCGCGCGAGGGAUCUGGGCAGAGAGCGCUCAGGGGAGAAUGCUCCCACACAUGCCCACGAGCCCGGUGACACCCCUGCCAGCCUCGGGGGGCCCUGAGGUGGCCAACUCCUGGAGCAAACUGGCGUACAUACCUGGGUCGCAGGGCAGCCGGGCCCCCUGGUGGGAUAGGCCUGGUCGCAGCUGCGACCCCUGCGACCGAGGAAUGUACGCCAGUGAGUCUGGGCAGAGCUAGAAGGGGAGGGCUUGAAAAGGCUGAAAACUAGAGAAGUGCAGCUUCUGCAAGUUGUUUUUCGUUAUAUUCCAAUGAAAAAUGCACAAUUAAAUGAAUGCAUUUUUUCAUUUGGGUUAUAUCUACUAAAUAGUGACUUUUUGGAGGCAGUGGAUAGUCCCUUUAAUCCACUGAUCUACAAUUGUUUUUCUAAAUACAGCUGCUGACCCUCCCUUCUUAAUAUGUUUUAUCUUUCCUGUUUUCUAUUUACUUAACAGUCGAUUGCCAUUUGCACCUGCCUUCAUUGUUGCAUAUACACCGUUUGCCUUAUCUAGUAAACUCUGUGUCGUUUAAUCUUGGCUUGUCUCACUAUCAGCUCUUUUUUUUUUAUUUCACUGUACUUCACAGAACACAUUAUAUGAACACACAAUGGCUUGAUUUAUUUAUGACAGGAUGUAUAAAGUCCAGAUUUCCACAGCGGCAGCAGGCAGUCUUGCAUGGCAGGAUUACAGUAUUCCUCACGAGUGCAAGCUAUUGCUGCCAAAAUGACUCCUUCAUAUGCAUCCGCUCAUAUAAAAAAAAGCAGAUAUCAGUGUCCUGUACCUUUGCUGACUGUCAGAGUCUGAUUCGAAGCACUCAUACUUUUCAGCUGGGACACAUGUAUCAAAUGCCUUUUUAAUCUGUGUCCAAGAGCAUUCACCUGCCCAGGGGUUACCUGUGGAGUCUUCGUCAACGAUACGACGGAUUGAUUUCAUCGGGCUCAAAUGAAAAGCCCCCAUUCUAGUUGAAACGCAUUUGUGUAAAAGUCUGUAACUAUCAGUAAAUUAAAGAUCCUUAAAGACUGUUGUAAACAUAAUGAGCCAUUAUAUAUAUGUUGGGCAGGAUACAAAACACAAUUCUGAUGGCUGUCAUACAUACCAGUACAGAGUUAUUGAGUAAUGCUGUAUAUAUCUAUUACAAACUGCAUUUUUAGAAUACAAAGCAUCUUGCUGGUUCCUCUAAUUGUAUCUUCUAUUUUCACAGGCAUUUCUUUCAACCCACGGGUGAGAGGCCAACAUAUAUCUUGGGGCAGAUGCCUCCAUCAUGCAGAACGUUGCCACAGCUUCCAAAAUGGCUUGCUUUUCUCAGACCGGCCUUUGCGACCUCAGGAAAAACUCUGGGUAAGAAUCGUGAAAGAUGACCCACGCUGGUACGGAGGACUACGACUGGGUUUUACCUCUGUGGACCCCGACUCACUGAACCCAGCUGCACUACCACCAUUUGCUUGUCCUAACCUUACCAUUCUGAAUGGUUACUGGGCCAUAUGCAUCCCAGAAGAACUUUCCAAAAUUGGUGCCCUGAUUUCAUUGUGGGUGAACAGAAAAGGCCAAGCUCUCUGCCAGAGAAAGGAAGACCCACAGCCAAUAGUGCUCUUUGAUGGCCUGCCCAGAAAUAUGCCACUUUGGGCCAUAGUGGAUGUGUAUGGUCAGACUAAGGCUGUUCAAUUGAUUGGUAAGUUGUCUUUUCCUAAAAUCCAUUGAUUAAAACAUUCACUCCUUUAGAUAUUCCAGCUAUACAUUAUGAAACAAAAUAUUUUGACCCUUCAGUCAGCAAAUUGUUACGUAAAGUUGUUGGGCUUUCAAGAACUGAUAUCUCCAAUAAACUAUCCAUGCAGAUAAUUUUAGAAAUAAGAGAAAAAAUGGUUGUGAGUUUGUGGUUUGAUGUGUGUGUGUUUUUUUUUUUUUGUUUGUUUUUUAAAUAGGAUGAUCAAACUGUUUAUCGUCUUAUUGUAAAGAUCGCUUCUGUGACAAAAUCAGUUAAAAAUCUGAACACAUUAAACAAUGUCAUCAUGCAUGUGCAUUGUUCCAACAGAUGUACCUUGCACUUUACAAGUUACAUAGGUUAAUUGAACACCACCCUGCAGAUGCUACAGCCUGUUAUAUGUCUUGCUUUUCUGUUAUAGAUUCCAGUAAAGGGAAGCUGCCAUGCCCGUGCACAUGUGUGACAAACAAAGGUCAGUAACAUAAUCAUACUUCUAUAUUCAAUAGAAGGUUAUUAUAAGUUACAAAGAAUUGACGUUUAAACAAAACAGAGCACAGAAGAUUUAAGUACAGAGGUAGUAUAUGCCCAUGUUUAAGGAUUAUCAAACUUUUAAUUAUCCUGCUUUUUUAUGGGUCAUAUGGGUGCAGCUAAACCUUAAUUCAUCUUCCAGAUCCACACCUCUUUCUAUUCAGUGGUUAUCUGCCAGCUGCUUCUGGACGCAUUUUAUCUCUCAUAGUCAAUCUUGGCAAAGGGACAAAUAUCUUCCCUAUACAUAACUGCUACACCCAGGGCUGGACCAAGAAAUUUUACUGCCUAGGUUCAGGACAAAAAAGCUGACUUCACCACUGCAUACCAACAUCACCACACAUGUCCUAACUGCUCACAAUUCACCGAUCACAUAUAAACAUACAGAGUUAUCCACAUAUAUAUAUAUAUGUAUGUAUUCACAGACAUUUGCAACACAAAUACAAGCACAAGCACACACCUACCUAUUCAUACAGAUUCUCACUUAUUUUGGGGGAGUUUUGCACUUGAAUAUACUGCAUUUCUAAUGCCUGAAAGAAGGCCUGGGCUGGCCAUCAGACAAACCAGGCAAAUGCCCUGUUGGUGGUGAUUUCCAUGGGCCAAGGCCGACACGGGAGUUAAGGGAUUGAACCUAGAGAGGGAGCUUUAUUGCUGGUGAGGAGAUAAAAGACCUCCCAUACUGGCCAGGUGAACAUGAUGCUGAGUAGGUGGAUGGAGAACUCAGUUUACACUUUCUUUGGGUACAGACCAAGUUCUCUGCUCCUUCUACUAUAUUGAAAGUGUUGCCACUUUAUUCCACAAACAUAUACACUACAGCUUCGAUCCCCCCUUAAAACACACUACAACCCCUCUCCACACACUAUAUCACGAACAGGCCACUCCACACAAACUACAAUGCAAAAACUAAUCACAACGCACAACACAAGCAGCCUCCCCCUUACAUGCAACCCAACAAAGAGAAUACCUCCAUGCACUAACCUACCCCACAACCAUAAUACCUUGCAAACAGCCUUCCCACACACAAACCUACACAACACAACAGAUAGUCUACCCACACAAAACACAACAAGCAGCCUCCAAAUGCAUACAAAAUCACAGAUGGCCUCCCUAUACACACAAAGACACAAUACCCAUCCCUCUUUUGUCUUCUGAUAUUCCACUAAUGGAAACACUUGAGACAAGUCACCAGAAAACGCAGAACAAGCAUGUCAUUACAUUCACUUUCACUGUUCUAAACAACCACAGGGCAUUUUCCUUAUGCCAGAGUUCUUCAGUAGGGCAGUGCACAUCACAUUGACAUGCCCUCUUUGGGAAGUGUGCUUGUAAUUGGUGAUGACACAACACAAGCCCUCUCUGGGCCCUCCUGUAUUGGGCUGCUCUGCCUUUGUAUGCCAGGGCUGAAUAUUGGUUCCUUUGCUCAUCUGCACCUCUUAUGGGCUAGCCCUAUUCAUCACUCGCACAUCUUGUCAUAUAUAGUCUGCAAUCUGUUGAGAUGUCUUGUCUCAGUGUAGUCUAUUCUAUUACUGGCAAAGUUUUAUAAAGUUGUAUACCCUCAUUCUAAACAUAUAAGAUUGUGAAAACCAUGCAAUAAGUGUGUUUAGGGUUCUUAUUUUAUUUUUUAUUUCCUCUAGUUUCACAAUCGCAAACUGUUUGCAGAACUCCAAAGGGAUCUUCAUACACCUGCGGUUCCAGUCCAAGCAAUUCUAAUAUGACUUCCCAUUCAGAGUCAUUAAAUUUUCCCUUGUACCUGGAAGAUGACCCAUACUGUGUGAUAUGUCAGGACAGCACGUCAGACACUAUGUUAGUGCCCUGCGGGCACCGCUGUUUCUGCAAAUCCUGUGCACUGAAGGUGCAUGAACAAAAUAGCAGCUGUCCACUGUGCCGGCAGACCAUACAUUGUCUUCAGAAUGUUGAUCCAGUAUGACCCUAAGCAAAUCAUGAUGUGAUACUAAUACUGCCUUUUUCAUACAAAGAAAGUAUCCUCAUUCAUACUAGUGUACAUGAGAUAUAGCAGAUAGGAAGCAAAGCCCAGCCAGCCAAUCAAAAGCCAGGUUUUUCCUAGCUUAGAAAACAAGAUCCAAGGCUUAAAACACUUCAGUGUCGUAUGUCUGAAAUCAUUGCUGUAUGCUUUUAGAGUAACAACCAAAAAGCACAGCAACAGAAAACAUAAUUAAGAAAGUAUGGAGAGAAAAAAAAAGAACGAGAACAGCACUAAAUAUUUAAAACACAUUGCAAAGGAUAUGUAACAAUUCCAUAAUAAUGCAAGCUAUUGUAUUAUUAAUAAUACCAGCUAUUGCUCGUCAAAACACAGAACAUCCCCAUUGCUGUAAAUGUAAUUUUGCAGAAGCAGUAUAAUAAUGCUAAGCAGAGCAGAGAUGAGUAACUACACUCUUGGGAAAAUACCAGCCUUAAGUGAAACUAUCAUUAUAUCAUUAUUAUAAUUUACAUACAGCCUUGCUCAGUGCAGUGUAAUAAUUACUGUCUAGGAGGCUAAAGUUUCAUAUAGUAAGGAACAAUCCGCUCAUAAAUAUGAUAUCGAUGCAGCUAGAAUUACAGAUAUUUGACUAAAGUGUGACUGCAUUUCAGAGAGGGGGUGCACAGUUUUGAAAAUUUUUUUAUAAUUGUCUUCAAAUAAUAUGUAUAUAUUUGUAUAUUUAUAUGUAUAUAUUUUAUGUAUGAAUGAAUAAACUGUACAAAUUUAGCAAUCAAUGCCUUCUUAUAUGCACUUAAAUAAUUUUAAAGCACUUAGUCAAGUUACUAACACACCUUUUACAUUUUUCAAUUCACAGACUUUGCUGCUAAGUAAUACUUCACAGAGUUAUUUAGUAAAUCAAGAAUUUCAAAUUUAAGGUUGAGUUUCAAAUUUAAUGCCAAAAGAGCUGAAUUGGAAAAAUUCUCUAAUUCAGCUGUGAUUCCAGUUUGGUAACUUUAAAUAAGAAAUUCACUUUAAAUUCUCAUUAUGGUGAAUAGCACUGUCAGAAAUCAAUACUUUUUAAUGGUAUACUGAGUAUGUGUUUAUGCAUAAUUAUUUUUUUAUUUUUAUAUAUAUGCAAUAAAUGAAUUCAG